AUGUUCACUCGCGUUUCCUCUUUCGUUGACACAGUGUGGAGUGGCAUUACGAAACCGUCGGAUGACGACUACAAUAUUGUCACCACACCAACUGCAGGCAGAAGCUCUUCUCGCGCUGGUAAAGAUUUUGCUGUGUCACUAGCUCUCUUCCAGGCCCUGUGUCUUCUCUUUUUCGCACUCAAAUUCAACAUGCCCAGCCCCAAAAACAACGAUGUCGACACGAAAAGCACUUUAAGCUACUAUGGCAUGUACAUGGACGUCCACGUCAUGAUCUACAUUGGUUUUGGCUUUUUGAUGACCUUUCUCCGCAAGUACAGCAUGAGUGCAGUUUCGCUCAACUUCCUCAUUGCUGUCUUAUCCCUUCAAUGGGGCAUCAUCACGGUGACUAUGAGUCACCAAAUAAUGGGAAACCAUCACACGACUAAAAUCCUCGACAUCCCCACGAUGAUUAACGGUGAUUUUGCUGCUGGUGCUGUGCUUAUUAGCUUUGGAGCUGUCUUGGGUAAAGCUACACCCACUCAGCUCGUCUGGAUGACUUUUUUUGAAAUCAUCUUUUACUCCAUUAACGAGUACAUUGUUCUCGAGGAACUAAAAGCGACCGAUGCCGGUGGAUCUAUGGUCAUUCACACUUUUGGUGCAUUUUUUGGACUAGCAGUGACCAUUGCACUUGGCGUUCCGUCUUCUGAUGAGCAAGUGCACAACACGUCUCGUUACGACUCGGACGUGUUUGCUAUGAUCGGUACGCUUUUCCUGUGGAUGUACUGGCCGUCAUUCAACUCGGCACUUGUCAACGAGGAUGGCUUUCAGAAAGAGCGUGCUAUCAUGACGACUGUCUUCAGUAUUGCGGCUUCAUGUGCAUCGGCCUUUGCUGCGACAAAGGUCUUGAGCUACUCCAAGAAAUUUGACAUGGUGCACCUACAGAAUGCCACGCUAGCAGGUGGUGUUGCGAGUGGUACAUGCUGCAACCUUGCCAUCAGCCCAGCGGCUGCCAUCACUGUAGGCCUAGUGGUUGGUAUCGCCUCUGUCGUGGGUUACACCUUUGUGACUCCACGUCUAGAAAUGAUUAUGCGAAUGUCCGACACGUGCGGCAUCUUAAACUUGCACGCAAUGCCAGGUCUUGUGGGCGGAUUAGCGGGUGCUCUGAUCACUUUUACGGCUUCGGAUGACUACUACGGAGAUAGUUUGACUGACGUCUAUGCAGCUCGUGCUUAUCGCUCUGCUACUGCACAAGGCUGGUACCAGCUACUUGCAAUCGUGUCUUCGAUGGGAAUCGGUUCUGUUUCUGGCCUCAUCGUUGGAUUAUUUCUACGAUCCUCGUGGUUUCGCCAACACAAACACAAAUACGACGACAAGGAGUGGUUCCACAUGCCGGAGGUUUGCGAGGUUUAA